AGCUAGAGAUGCAAUGCAAUUGCAUUGCACGUAAAAUACGCAAACAACAAACAAAUAGACAACGAAAAGGCGAAUGAGUAACGAUUCCAUGAUCAAGUUUCACUAGAUUCUGGGCAGUUGGUGCCUUUAUUUACGUUUUUACAAUCUUUAGAACCUGUUUACUGUAUAGUCGCAAUGGCAUUAAAAAGAAUAGCAAAGGAACUUCAUGAUUUUCAAAAGGACCCGCCUGCAUCAUGUUCUGCUGGCCCAGUGAAUGAUGAUUUAUUUACUUGGCAGGCAACAAUCAUGGGACCAUCAAACAGUGCAUACGAGAGUGGUAUAUUUUUUCUAAAUAUCCACUUUCCAUCAGACUAUCCCUUCAAACCACCAAGAGUAGCAUUUACAACAAAAAUCUACCAUCCAAAUAUAAACAGCAACGGAAGCAUUUGUCUGGAUAUCCUUCGAUCACAAUGGUCACCGGCUCUCACCAUCUCAAAAGUUCUCCUGUCAAUUUGUUCUCUGCUGACGGACCCCAACCCAGACGAUCCGCUCGUACCCGACAUCGCUCGCAUCUACAAGACGGACAAGAAUAAAUAUAACAAAACCGCCAGAGAAUGGACAAACAAAUUUGCAAUGUGCUAAUCGUCGCGUGGAAUGGAGGGGAAUCUCCGUUUUAAAAUAUGCCUGGGCUCUGUAAUGUAAAGCUUGGCGAUUGACCGUGGGAUCUGAUUUCUAUGAUCAAUUGCAUCAGUUAGUGUGUGUUAUCAAUCGUAUAAAUCAUCCCUAAGGUCAAUGGCCAAGCAUCGUUUAGCGGGGCCUUGAUCAGCUCGGCAGGCUUUCUGAAAUCUACUUGCCCAUCAAAGGAUCCGAUGCCCAAUCUGGUGGCCCUGUAGCCCUGUUCCCUUGAUUUUCUUCGUAUGCCGGUCUUGUAAUGUUCGGAUUUCUAUUCCCAGUUUGCCUAUUAUAUGCAAUACCAUAAUCACAAUCCUUUUUUCCCGUCAAGUUUGUCGACUCUCGACAAGGUUUUUAAAAAUCACUAGGAGUUUUGUUUUUGUGUCUUCAGUAGAAAUAUGGAGAAGAAUUGCAUUUAGAGGGUUAUUCUGUGCUAUGUAAAAUAAUGUUAGGAUCAUUAAUCUCUCUGGAUGAUGCUUCAAAUUGGCAAUGGUGAUAUAGUUUCCUUGGUAACUAAAAGCCAAUUUGAAACAAAAAGUUUUUAAUUUGUCGCUGUGUUGCCAAUUUGAGGAUUUAUUACUUAUAAUUAUCUUCAAAAAAUGCGGAAACAGAUAUAAGUCAUUGCAAAAAUCAAGACUGUAUACUAUACAUUCAAGAGUAUUUCUGUUUAAGGUAUCUGAUACAUUGAAAGGUUUCAAAAAAUUUGAAACUUUUGUGCUAGAUACAUAGGCUUUUAUAUAUAUAUUUAUCACGAGAAAUCUUACCGUGAGGUGAAGAACUCACCCUGAUAUCAAGUUUGUUUUAUGAGCAGAAAAAUUUCAUGUAGAUAUUUAUGAUGGUGCCGGAAAUUCAGGAAGAAUGUAAAAAUCAUGAAGUUUUUAUUUUGUGUUGUCAAAUGCGAGCAGCUCCCCCA